AUGUCCUCAACAACAAGCUCAGUGUCUUCAACAUCUAUCAAUCCAAUGUCCUCAACAACAAGCUCAGUGUCUUCAACAUCUAUCAACUCAAUGUCCUCAACAACAAGCUCAGUGUCUUCAACAUCUAUCAACUCAAUGUCCUCAACAACAAGCUCAGUGUCUUCAACAUCUAUCAACUCAAUGUCCUCAACAACAAGCUCAGUGUCUUCAACAUCUAUCAACUCAAUGUCCUCAACAACAAGCUCAGUAUCUUCACUCUUCAACAUCUAUCAACUCAAUGUCCUCAACAACAAGCUCAGUGUCUUCAACAUCUAUCAACUCAAUGUCCUCAACAACAAGCUCAGUGUCUUCAACAUCUAUCAACUCAAUGUCCUCAACAACAAGCUCAGUGUCUUCAACAUCGAUCAACUCAAUGUCCUCAACAACAAGCUCAGUAUCUUCACUCUUCAACAUCUAUCAACUCAAUGUCAUCAACAACAAGCUCAGUGUCUUCAACAUCUAUCAACUCAAUGUCCUCAACAACAAGCUCAGUGUCUUCAACAUCUAUCAACUCAAUGUCCUCAACAACAAGCUCAGUAUCUUCACUCUUCAACAUCUAUCAACUCAAUGUCAUCAACAACAAGCUCAGUGUCUUCAACAUCUAUCAACUCAAUGUCCUCAACAACAAGCUCAGUGUCUUCAACAUCUAUCAACUCAAUGUCCUCAACAACAAGCUCAGUAUCUUCACUCUUCAACAUCUAUCAACUCAAUGUCAUCAACAACAAGCUCAGUGUCUUCAACAUCUAUCAACUCAAUGUCCUCAACAACAAGCUCAGUAUCUUCACUCUUCAACAUCUAUCAACUCAAUGUCAUCAACAACCAGCUCAGUGUCUUCAACAUCUAUCAACUCAAUGUCCUCAACAACAAGCUCAGUAUCUUCACUCUUCAACAUCUAUCAACUCAAUGUCAUCAACAACAAGCUCAGUGUCUUCAACAUCUAUCAACUCAAUGUCCUCAACAACAAGCUCAGUGUCUUCAACAUCUAUCAACUCAAUGUCCUCAACAACAAGCUCAGUAUCUUCACUCUUCAACAUCUAUCAACUCAAUGUCAUCAACAACAAGCUCAGUGUCUUCAACAUCUAUCAACUCAAUGUCCUCAACAACAAGCUCAGUGUCUUCAACAUCUAUCAACUCAAUGUCCUCAACAACAAGCUCAGUGUCUUCAACAUCUAUCAACUCAAUGUCCUCAACAACAAGCUCAGUAUCUUCACUCUUCAACAUCUAUCAACUCAAUGUCAUCAACAACAAGCUCAGUGUCUUCAACAUCUAUCAACUCAAUGUCCUCAACAACAAGCUCAGUGUCUUCAACAUCUAUCAACUCAAUGUCCUCAACAACAAGCUCAGUGUCUUCACUCUUCAACAUCUAUCAACUCAAUGUCAUCAACAACAAGCUCAGUGUCUUCAACAUCUAUCAACUCAAUGUCCUCAACAACAAGCUCAGUGUCUUCAACAUCUAUCAACUCAAUGUCAUCAACAACAAGCUCAGUGUCUUCAACAUCUAUCAACUCAAUGUCCUCAACACCAAGCCCAGUGUCUUCAACAUCUAUCAACUCAAUGUCCUCAACACCAAGCCCAGUGUCUUCACUCUUCAACAUCUAUCAACUCAAUGUCCUCAACAACAAGCUCAGUGUCUUCAACAUCUAUCAACUCAAUGUCCUCAACAACAAGCUCAGUAUCUUCAACAUCUAUCAACUCAAUGUCCUCAACAACAAGCUCAGUAUCUUCAACAUCUAUCAACUCAAUGUCCUCAACAACAAGCUCAGUGUCUUCAACAUCUAUCAACCCAAUGUCCUCAUUACCAAGCCCAGUGUCUUCAACAACAACUACCCAAUAGUCUGCAAUAACUACAAGUCCAGUAUCUUCAAUAGAAACCUGGCCAAUGGCGUCAAUAACAACAUGUCGAGUGGCUUAAAUAACUAA